UGCUCCUGAGAUGCUGCUGGGUUCAUCCAGCUCCACACUUUGUUAUCUUGGGAACUGCAGACGCUAGAGAUUCCAUUAUCUGAGUAAGAGCUUGGCUGUGGGUUUAGUAUCUGGGUAAGCCAGCGGCAGACUCUGCUAAUUUUUAAAAGGGAAUUGAAGACGUAUUUCGAAAACGAUUUAAUACGUUUCAACAGUAACAUCGAAGGAAAAAGCGUGAGAUUGAUUGAGGUGUGUUCGAGAAUUACCUGACUGCAGCUCACUAGGGAGUGAGGUCCAACUGGAUGUGAGCCAGCAUCGGGCAAUCUCUCCGCUUCCUGUGAACAUUUCAAAUCCGGGACCGGAGUAACUCACUCUCAGUCCCGAGCAAAGAUGGCCUCUGGUGAGGAAGAAAAUCACAUCAGAAAUCCGAACGAAUUGUCGAAACAAGCAAUUGAUGAAUGUGAAGAACUGAUAAAAGAAAAUGAGAGAAUAAAAGAUCAGAAUGCAAAAUUGAUUGAAGAAAACAAUAAUGCUAUUCAUCAACUGAAGGAGUUUCAUAGAGUGUCACAGCUGGUGAUUGAGGAAGUCAGUACCAUACAAAACCACCUUGACAUUGAGAAAAGUUGCCGUGAAAGUGCAGAAGUAUUUGCUUCACAGCUGGACAAAGACAACAGGUCUCUUAAAAGAAUCAGCAUGUUGUACAUGGCACAACUUGGAAAGGAGACCAUCCCUCUAAACCUGACUUUCGAUGAGGAUUCAGCAAUUAUUGCGACAAAUACAACAUUAGACAAAGAUGCCAGAUGUUCCUCAGUUGACUGCCAACAACAAAUUCAAGACCUUCAAAAUGAGUUGAUAUCAACACUGGAAGAGAAGAAGCAGCUAUCCUUUCAGAUGGAAAACCUGAAAGGUCUUUGGGAGGACCUUACUGAUAAAUUACAGAAGGAAGAACAGAAAAAUAUUGAUCUGGCUGCUGAAAUUGAUAAGCAGAGUCAACUUCUAGCCAAGUACAACAAAGUUUCUAUUUUGGCCCUGGAGGAAUAUGAUGACCUGGAAAAAAGUCUGGAUCUGGAGAAGGAUCUCCGAAAGGAGGCAGAGACUUUUGCACGUGAGAUGCUUUUGGAACAAAAGAAACUUAAAAGGCAAAGUCAAAUUCUUAUUCAAAAGAUGGUGCCUAAUGAGCAGUUGAUGGAAGCACUUGAUGACCUUGCUAUCGUCACAGAAACUAUAGAGGAGGAGAGAAUUCUGCAUGAGACAAAGCUAAAGGAGAUGCAGGAAAAAUUAGAUGAUUGCACUCUAAAGAAAGAAGUGAAGUCACUGAUGAAACAGCUUGAGCUUCUCAAAGAAGACAAAGAAGAACUUGAAGUAAAAUGCCAAAAUUACGCCCAGCAAGUAAAGGAUCUGAAACACACCAUUGAUGAGCUACAGAAGCAGAUCCAACAAGGAGAAAAGCCAAUGCCAUCACCGCCUCCUCCUCCUCCUCCUCCUCCUCCAGUGCCAUCACCCACUUCAAGUCCACUUAAAAAUCUUAUGAUGAUCAUUUGUAAAAGACAGAAAGCAUUCAAUUUGUCUGGGGUCGGAAAGGCUCUAUCUGAAGAAGCAGGAAAACCUUUAGAAGAUCUGAAAAAGCAAGCAGUUGAUGAAAUGAUGGAGAGAAUUAAGAAGGGUGUUCACCUUCGAAAAGUUGAUCAUACCAACAGGAUUCGACUGAAUAAGGGUGAACCUCCGGAAGAAAAUGCACUUCAAGAACUGAGAGCAAUGUUGAAAUCUAGUAAAGUUGGAGCACUGACUACAAUUACUCAGGUUACUGAAGAAAAUGAGCUGGAAAGAGUUCUUCGACACAGAAAGGCAGCAACAGAAAGUAAAGCUCCUGAUGAGUUCUCAGGAAAAUCUGUUUAUAAUCCUUAGCUAACGAUUUUUAUCCAAGUUGGGCCAUUUUCUUCUACUUUUGGCACAGUGAAUAAAGUGUUUCAUCACUCAUAUUUUCUUUUGUGUACCUUUUGCAACCUUAAAGAGCUAAACCAAAUUUUCUGCCUUUGGGAACUCAAGAUUUAUGUACUAAUAUAACACCAAUUUUCUGAUUUUAAGGAUUGUAGACCAUAUUUUCAUUUAUUAAUUAACAGCUUUUCAUUUAACAAAGUAAUAGAAAAGUAAAAAAUAAUUACCAGAUAGUUCACUUGUCAAUUUUUAAAAUUAGCCAACUGUUAUUUUUCACAGACAGCUGACUGAACGGCUUACCUUUCUUGACUAAAGGUAGUUAUAGACAGCUAAGUAUUAUAAUUAGAUAUUAUGAUCAGCAUUUCUUAUUUGCCUUCAGGAAAUUACACCUGGUUUACUGAAUUCAAAUUAGCAGGCAUGCAAAUACAUUUUUGUUUCAAUAAUUUGUGCUUUCAAAACAUUGAGACUUUACCCUUAUAUCACCCCACUAUGUUGGUGUAAAGUCUGGGCUAUGUUGCCAUCUUUCAUGCUCUGAUCCAAAGACUGUUUUUGCAUACUGAAUUUUCAGGCAAUAAAUGCCUGACGGUAACUACAUACUUUAUAUGAUUUCUUUUGACUCUUAGUAAUAUUUGUUGCAUUCUACCACCCUCAUGGUCCGUCUUCUAAGAUUUUUCGGGUAGUUUUUAGCAAGCAGUAUCACUUUCACAAUAUCCAUUUGAAUAGAGGAAGAAAACAGGAGAGAAAUGAGAAUCCAACACUUAAUUAGGGUGCUGAACAUCUUUCUUCUUGGAAAUCUUUUGAUAAAAUUGAAAGCGCUAACUAGGGUUAUCAGUCAAUUUUUUCCCAAAAAAAUGGUAUAGUUCUCCAUUUCAAAGAACCUAAUUAUAGUGAUGCUAUGCAUGAAGAAAUUUUAAAAUUUAAUUAGAUUGGAAUAUCUAAUUAAGAAAAUAUACAGGACAUGAUGAACCCCAAAAGGUUUUAUUGACUUAACAUGAAGCAAAGUGAGAAAAAAAUGAAUGCUGUGACAUAUAUUGUGACUUGAAGUGUCUGAUUAACCCUAACUCUGAGGUGAAUGUUUCAGUAGGCUUAUAUUAGAAGCAUUAACUUUUCUUUCAAAACCAAAUUAUUUGUUUUUAAGUCAAAUGAGAAUAAUUGUUCCAUCUGUCAUAUAUGAGGAUUUUAGAUAAAUUGUCAGAACAAUAAGUACCAAGUAAAUGGGAUCAACUUGUUGCUUUGGGCAAUCAUCAGUAAUUGAAGCUUUGGUGCCUCACACUGUUGAGAAAUAAAUCUAGCUUUUACAGGUGUGUGCCACUCAAAGAUUACAGCGGGGGUUAAAAGGGGUUAGGUCAGUACAAAUGGAAACGGAAAUUACUUGCCUAUCCAAGUCUUGUUAUGGUGUUGCUAUAUUCUAUUCAAGCAAUCUAUUUUAGUUUUUGACAGACAUGAAAUGAUUUCGGAAAAAGCAUGAUAAAUAUUAAAGAAAGGCCGAAAGCAGAAAGCCCAUCCAAAUAUUUUUUAAUUUCAAUACAGAAGUUUGGAUCUUUUGAACUUAACUUGCUGAACUGAGGUCAUUAAAAUGAUCACAGGACGUGUGACAGAGUGUGUUCUGUUUUCUAUCUUUUUAAACUAAUUUUUUUCCCACAGUUCAUUGAUUAGCAGCAACCCUGUUGUACAGUCACUGAGAAAGAGGGGUAAAUUAAAUUUGCUUAAGUGAGAGUUUCUUGAAAUUAUCUUUUGUCAACAUGCUUGGGUUUUUGCCUACACUUUAAAGAUUAGAUUUUAAUAACUGUUCCAAAGUGGCUAUGGUACCAAAGUUUUGAUCCUCUGUAUAAUUUAUUUUGCUGUAUGAAGUACAAAUUACCUUAACGGGAAAGGAAAUGAAAUAAACCUGUGCAAAUGCAGGCACAAUACAUGAUAAAUUGAAACUGGAAUGCACUUUGUAUUUUACUAUUCUGCACAGUCAUGCUGAUUAUGUGGAAGAAAAGAGUUAUGUGAACUUUAUCAUUUAGUCCACUGCCUGCUUAUUAACUGAUGAAAAAUGAUACUCCAGCAUAAAUCCUUCACUGUUAAAUGAGCACUUCCUUUGUUUUCUAUUAACUGUUGCUUUGCUGGAAUUUUUAAAAAAAGAAUUAAAUUUUGACCCAGUGUUUUCAUUUCUAUGUUCUUGAAUGCCAUGGUUCAGAAAGAUUGAAAUAAUAAAGAUGAAAAAAAUACUAACUGGAAACAGGUGGGCAGUAGUAAAGUUCUCUGAUACUG